AAAGUUUUCACGGCAAAAAACAGAAAAAUUCAUUCGACACAAUUUGUUCAAGCACCUGAAUGUUGAAUGCAUAUCAAGCUAUAAUAUUUGAAAUUCUGUAACUAAUUUUCGUGUUACUUCAGUUAUUUAUUGAUGUUUAUAUGAGUUCAGUGAAUACACCUUAUGGUUCUAAACAAAUCGAUAAAUCAUAAGAAUUUGAACAUUCAUUAUUGUCUUCCACCCUUUCCAAGAGAAUCUAUUCAGUCCGAUCUACGCUGAGUUCUAAUUUAUAUUACGGAGCUUAAGGUGCGUAAAUCUGGCAAGUUCAAUCACGAUUCAUGAAUGUCAAUGACUUGAUUUCAGCCAAUGGUGAAAAUAUGUCCGAAAUGCUGACGACUGCUUCUAUUUCCAGUGAUUCAAAUUAUGUUUUUCACAAUCUUUGUAGUGAACCUUCAGAAAUAACAGGCUUUAGGCGUCUCACUCCCGAAAAUCGAGAGGUGGGAAGCAUUGAUGGAAGAUUCAUUUCUAUGGCUGAAGCCUCAUCCAAGGAAAUUCGUGAACAAAUAGAUAAAGGAGAUGCUGUAAGAAAAAAAACAUUGUCUAUCGAAAAUUACACUCGGCAGAGGAAAUCAGAAUCAUGUCAGAACAACUCAAUUAAUGAGGAUAAUUCAAUUGAUGUAAACGAAGUAAAAAACACUGAGCUUUCUGAACAAAUACGUAAAGAGUUAAGUGAUAUUUCUGCACGGUUAUCAAGUUUAUCUUCAAAUCCUUCUGUUCCCAUUUGGUAUCAGUCAGAUGAUAAUAAUGUAUCACAUGAAAUAGGCUUUCAACAAAGUACACCUUUAUCAGACAGAACUAUCGCACCACAAGAUUCGUUUUCAGAAGUCAUCUCAAAUAAACAACAGAAUUUAUUUGUAUAUAAUAAAACUGACGUGACGUCUGAUACAUUUGAUCAUCUCAAAUAUUCAAUUAGUCGACUUUCUAACGACGACCAGUUCAAAGUUAAUUACAGACAUAAAACGUUGAAUAAAGACAACUUGGAUUCACUCAGGAAACUGAAACGCUAUCCAACAGCCGGAAAAAAUUCUAUAGCAAACAAGAAAUAUACAAAAACUAUUUUUCCUAACAAAAGUUGGAUAAAAGUACCUCAAAAUUUAUUAAUUAGUGCUGCUGAAGGUCUACAAGAACUUUUCCACGAUUCAUCAGAUGAUGAAUCCCUUGAUGAUCACUCUUUACUAAAAUUUGAUAUUCAGAAUUCUACUCAGAACUUAAGUGAUAGCAGCAGUAGUACCGAAAGUAGUAAACAUACUUACACUAUGGAAAGUCCUUCUGAAUAUUUGGACAGAAAAUUUGAUCUUGAACAAAUGGAGGGAAGUUAUCACUCCGCAAUUUCUAACAAUUCGGCAUCUAAUUCAGGUUCGCGUAUUCACGAAACAACUGACUAUUCAACUACUAAUGGAACUUUCACUAGACCCCGCCUACCUCAUUCUGUUGUUCCGAAUGCAGAUUUGUACCUGAAGACUAAUAGUAAUAAUUGUGUUUCAACUAAAGAAAAGAAGUCAUCACAUCAUCCUUUAAAAAUGAAUGACUUAUUAUCACUUGAAGAAUUGGACGAUUAUUUGUUUGAUACACAAAAAUUAGUUACACAACUGGAGCAAAAAAUGGCAAAUGAUAAGUCUGAAAAGGCGAUUUCUCAAAAACAGCUGACUGUUAAACAGAAUGAGAUGAUCUGUUCCGCUGAAGAUUACGAAGUAGCGAAAGCAUUAAGCAAUGCUGAUCAAUUGCUUGGAUCAACUGUUAAUAAGCGUUUGUCAGCCAUUCUCCAACGACGACAAGAUAGACAAAAAGGUUACACCUCAGGUUUGGAACAGGCAAAAAAGAUGCUGAAUGGAUUUAAUGGGAUUCCUGAAGAGAAGAUUAAUAGGUCACGUAGAACAGCUCAGUCUGUGGUGGCAUGUCGACCACAAUCUCAGCAACCAACGUCUCGUUGUACGAAAAACUCCCAUGUACCUCCUUGUGAACAACCUUCUGUACCGUUGAGAAAUGCAUCCGAGACGCGUCGUAAUCACUCCAAUAGAUUAUCGCAUAAUUCAUCCAACUUUCCAAUCUCGGUAGAAAAAUCCGCAAAAUCGUUCUUUUCUCAAAAAACAGUCAGCAUUGAUCGUUAUGGUAUUUCCCAUAAUCACUCAUCAAUCUCAUCUACACCUGAAAGUUCAAGACAUCUAGGCGUUGAUGCUAUAAAAACAAGCAAAAUGUUGGCUGCUCUCAACUGGCAACGUCGUAAAUCCUAUGAUCCAAAACAGUUUCUUAAUAAAUCAAGUGGAAAUUCUACAGCUCGUUCACAAAGUCGGCCACCAAAGGACGAUGAUAUAAUGAGUAUAUCUACAGAUAGCAAUCCCAAAAGUUGUAUCACUAGCCAUUCUGUUCACCCAAAGCAUAAAUUAACUGUUACUACCCGUCGAACAGCACCUGUAGAUACAGCUGACUGUAUAGCAGCGAUGGAGAUUGUUAAACAAAUAAAACUCAACAAUACGUCGAAAGGUGUUGCCGACUAUUGCAACAGAAAAACUGACCACUGUGUAAAUGAUUCGAAUCGCAAAAGAUUGACAGGUCAACAUAAUCCAGAAUUCGGCGAAAUCGAGUCAAAACUGAUCACUUCAGGCGGAAAGUCUAAUACAUCUGAAUCUCGUUCGAAGACAAAGCAAACCAGCAAAAAUAAUUCCGUUUUGGAUGGAUCUAAACAUUCUAUUCGGCAUCAAAACUCGAAUGAAAAUAAAACUGCAAAUAAACAAUUUCAAUCUGUUGUCACCGCUCGUUUACCUACACACCAGCAAAGGCCUAAUGGUCAUACUACAGUAAGAAUACCUUCUCAGUCAUGCACCCGUGAAUGGAAUUAUGUCGAUCAAUCGAAUUCCCCUAAAGUAAUCUCUACUGAAUCUACUGAUAAGAAUAAAACUCCUAAUCAAAAUGAGGUGAAUUAUCCUGACAUUGCAGUUGAAUCAGUCAAAUUUAAAAUAGAGAAACUAACAAAUUUCAUUGUUCGGUUACGAAAACGAAUUGAGCGUGACUAUGCAGAACAUGGUACUUGUUCACCAGGUGAUGAUGUUUUUGGUGAUGAAGCUGUAGGGGCUGUUGUUGCAGGUAGGCCAACGGGAAUGCAUCCUGUCGUUGCAACGUGUCUUCAGAAUCUACGCAUACUUGAAGUAAAUGCUCAAGAAAUAUUUAGUCUACUUUAUCCAAAUGAAGUCGAUUUUUGGGAACCAGCUAGAGUAUGUUUACUAGAAGGUAAAGAUGAUGACAAGCUUUUCAAUGAUGCACGUAGUCAAAUUACUGAACAUUUAUCUAGUUCUAUUGAAACAUCAGGAAAACCUAUAGAAAAUACCGGUACUGUUCAAUGUAAAAUUUCUAGUCCUUUAGAUUGCCUUUCUGAUAAACCUGAAAUUACCAAAGAAUUAGAUACACUAGGUGAUGCAGAUUUAAUAUGAAUAAAACUAUUUUGCCAGUAUUAAACAAUUAUUCCUGUUUGUUUUCAAUCUUCCGAUUAAUUAUUUCAACUAUGAAUUCUUCUUUGAAUUUUAUUAGAUUUAUUAUAUAUUGUAUUAACAUAAUUCCUUUUUAAAAGAGUUUUGAAUACAAUCCAACUCAAAGAUGAAAUUAGUUGUGAUUCUUUAAUGUAUAUUGUAAAUUGAAUAUUUAUACUUAUAUUUAUUUACUAAUAUCAGAAGUCGACCAUUUUCGGUUUACUAGGUUAUUUUUCUCACAUCAAAUAAUCAACAUGGAUAAACAAGAUACCUGAAGUUAAAAAAUACUUAUGGAAAAUAAAUAUUAUUAUUACUAGGUUUUAUUUAAUGAUGAUGAUGAUGAUAUAAUUCUACAAUCAAUCAAGUGGAUAGAGAAUAUAUGUACAUACUAUUUAGUUGUAAUUCCUGCUUAUUUUGUUACCAUCUUUAACCAUUUCUACAAUCAUUGUCUUCCUUCCUGUCUGUUCUAUCACUUUAUUUUUGGAAUGAAUAUUUUGUGAUCUGUUAAUGUGAUCGAUAGUUGAUUGGAUAUUUUUUUAAAUUUUAGUAAGGUUUGGUGGAACAUUUUUUUUAUUAGAGUUGAAAAGACAGAAAUAUUUACGAAAAUUCAAUGUCUUUUAAAUAUCAUGAAUAAAUUUAGAAUAUUAUCUG